ACACUUGAUAUGUUUACGGGUUUCCUAUUGUUUUAUCUUCCUUAUUUAUAUAUUUAAAACCAUAGCAAAAAGUAAAAUGUUCCCUUAAGUGUCUCCCCCCCCUUCCUUAAGAUUAACAAUUCUUAUGAUCAUUCCUGACAGAGGAUUUGCUUACAGGGGCCCUGCAGAGGAUAACCUAAAAAGGACAUACAGCUAGAUUUGGCAGGCAGCAUGAAUUUGGGGUUUUUUGAUGAGAAGCCUUCUGAGCAUGCCUAAGGAAUGACAGGCAUUUCUGCAGCCUGGAUAAACCCACCACCUUGCUCGGAGCCCACUCAUUGGCUGCCUAGGAAAAUAGCCAAGGGACAAUGGUUGCCAAUUGUAAACAUAGAGGGGAUAAGUAUUCAUUUAGGCUAGGCGGCUAGGGAGUGGCUAAGUACAGACUGGAGCUGGAUUCAAUAGUGCUGGGCUUGUUACACAGUGAGUGCCUGUGUCUUCUCUUUGGUGUUGAUCCUAUUCAGUCGCCCAGUCCUUAUUCAUUGCACUUCAUCCAUUCUACAGUCUCUUCCAGCUCAAAGAGUUAAUAUAUUUGCCUGGAUCUUCACCUCUGAUUCUUCCCUACUUGCUGAGAAGCUGCUGACAAUCUCAGGCCCUGUGCCUAUUGACCCAGUUGUUGAAACACCCUUUCAUUUAACAUGGAGGAUUUUGAUCGUCGCAGGGAGCUCAGGAGACAGAAGCGGGAGGAAAUGCGCCAGGAAACGGAGAGGUUGACCUAUCAGAGAAAUGAUGAUGAUGAUGAAGAAGCUGCAAGGGAACGUCGUCGCCGUGCUCGCCAAGAGAGACAGCGCUUGCAAAAGGAUGAUGUUGGAGAUGGGACAGAAAUCAACGCUCAAAAUAGUGUCACAACUGAGACAACUAGGUCAUCAUCAAAUACAAACACUGAUUUUUCAGUGGACGAUGAAGCCACUCUCUUGGAUAGACUGGCAAAGAGAGAAGAGAGGCGUCAGAAGCGUCAGAAAGAAGCCAUGGAACGGCAGAAAGAGUUUGAUCCAACAAUAACAGUUGAAACAUCACCUUUAUCAAAGGACAACAGAAAUGGACAAAAUGAAGUGGAGCAAAACAACACCUCACCAAAAGAGGACGACUCUGUAACCCAUCGAUCCCGGUAUGAAGUUGAAGAGACUGAAAUACUGACAAUGUCCUAUCAAAAGAAUGACAGCAGGGAGGAAGUACAAGAGGAAGUACAAGAGGAAGUACAAGAGGAAGUGCAAACUGAUAAAGCGGAGGAAAAGGAAGAAGUGCAAGUCGAGACACCACAAGAAAAUAUCAUAGAGAACAAUCAGGUAGAAGUUACUUUUGAAGUGAAAAAUUCAGACCAUGAAGUUAAAGUGAUAAAUUUAGAAAUAAGUAUGGACAGAAGUGAGUCAGAACUCAGGGAAGACGAAGAGAGGAAAGCUGAAGAGAAAAUGAUUGAGGAAGAAGCCAGAAGAGAAGCAGUAGAAAGAGAGAGGGCUGAGGCAGAGAGGAAAACAGUAGAAAAAAGGGAACGACUUGAGGCAGAGAGACUAGCAACUGAAGAAAAGGAAAGACUUGAGGCAGAGAGAAUAGCAGCAGAAGAAAGAGAAAGAUGUGAAGCAGAGGCAAAUCAGGAAGCAGAACAAAGAGAAAAAGAGCAAGCAGAAGAGAAGAAAAGGCAAAGGCAGCAGGAAGAGGAAGAGAGAAAAUUAGCAGAGGAAAGGGCUGAAACUGAGAGGAAAGCACAAGAUGAAAGGGAAAGAGUAUUGGCAGAGCAGAAAAAGGCAGAAGAGGAAAAAUUAAGGCUGGAGGCUAAGGAAAGGAAGGCAGCAGAGGAAAAGAAAAAGGCAGAGGAGGAAAAAUUAAGGCUGGAGGCAGAGCAAAGGAAAGCAGCACAGGAGAAGAAAAAAGCAGAGGAGAAAAGGUUAGAGGAAGAGAGGGAAAGAAAAAAGGCAGAGGAGAAAAAGGCAGUAGAAGAAAGAAAAAAGGCAGAGGAGAAAAAAACUGCAGAGGAGAGAGAAAGGAAAAAGGCAGAAGAAGAGAAGGCAAGGUUAGAGGCUAAAAAGAAAGAGGAAAAACAAGACAAGAAGGAAAAGACCCAACCUGCCUUCUUAAGGAAACAGGGAGAAGACAAAGAAGCAAAAGUGGAUUCUAAAAAGGACAAAAUUACAGAUGAGAAACCACGAGCAGGCUUCCGAAAAGAGGAGGUUAAGGAAGAGAAAGCCAAGGGUCAAAAGGAAGAUCUGAAGUCAACCUGGGAACGGAAGAAAGACAUUCCAGAGACAAAGGCACAAAAUGGACAUGAACGUGCACCCCAGAAGCUUAAACAGCUUGAGAAAUUUGGUGGGUCAAAAUCUCAUCCAACUGCUGAUGAAACUGAUGCAGUAUCCAAAAUUGAAGCUGAUAAGAGACUGGAUGAACUACGUCGGCGCCGUGGGGAAACUGAGAGUGGAGAGUUUGAUAAAUUAAAGCAGAAGCAGCAGGAAGCCGCAGUGGAACUAGAGGAGCUGAAGAAAAAGCGUGAGGAACGCCGGAAGAUACAGGAGGAAGAGGAGCAGAAGAAGAAACAGGAAGAGGCAGAGAGAAAAACCAAGGAAGAGGAAGAAAAGAAGAGAUUGAAAGAAGAGAUUGAAAAGAGAAGAGCUGAGGCUGCUGAGAAACGCCAAAAAAUGCCAGAAGAUGGUUUAACAGAGGAGAAGAAACCCUUUAAGUGCUUCACACCAAAGGGUUCAUCGCUCAAGAUUGAAGAACGAGCAGAGUUCCUCAACAAGUCUGCGCAAAAGAGCAGUACCAAAUCAGCGCAGCCCGCAGCAGCUGUGUCUAAGAUUGACAGCAGACUUGAGCAAUAUACCAGUGCAAUUGGGAGUAACAAAGGUGCCAAGUCUGCCAAAGCAGCACCCACUGACCUGCCCUUGCCAGCUGAUGGUGUUCGUAAUAUAAAGAGCAUGUGGGAGAAAGGGAAUGUCUUCUCAUCGCCGAGUGGAGCUUUGUCACCAAACAAGGAAACUGCAAACAUAAAAGUUGGCGUUUCAAGUCGCAUUAAUGAGUGGCUCACAAAAACACCGGAGACCAACAAGGCAACCGCCUCUAAACCUUCUGAUUUAAAACCUGGAGAUGUAUCUGGAAAGCGCAAUAUAUGGGAGAAACAGCAAGUGGAGAAACCCGGAUCACCAACCAAGAUGACAGCUGGAGGAAAGAAAUCUGAUAGAAAUGGUCUGAGAUCUGAAAAAGAGCCAUAGGAAUAUAAACCCGCUGGACCAACUCAGUUACAAUGUGCUAAUUCGUCUUUUUUUUUUAUAUAUUUAUGUUUACUUACCAAAAAUGUGUUUUUGUCAUUAUACCGAACGAAACCAUGUAUAUUAGCACUGUAUUUAAUAGCCCCCCCCCCCAACGAGACUAUUUGAGACAAGUACUGCAUUUGCACAAGACCCUAAUUUCUUCUGAGGAUCAGAUUGUGAAACGAAAAUAUUUCUACUGAUAAAUUAAUGUUUUGUUCUAGAGUCGCGAAUGCUGCAAAUUUCAGGCAGAGUAAGGGCAGGUUGGCAUUGCGAUACACAUCACUAGAAAUGUACUGCACUUUAGAGAACAUGUAGUCUAUUGAAUGAUCCAUUGUCCAACAGAAAUAUCAGCACCAUUGAUUUUAUAUUUUCUUAAAAACAAAUGUUGAACCUUCGUUGACUUGCCCAAAAUGGGCCAAAUUGACCCCCAUGGUACUUUUUUUUUUUUUCUUAAAAAAGGAUAUCAGCAUAUCAAAAAAAGGUUAAAGCAUGGUGGGUAGAUUCUUAAAGCAACACUGCACAAGCCCUCCAGGGCCAGUGGCCUGAUCGAUGCAAAAACAUCCUCCAAUAAGAAUUCUACCUGCUCUGUUUAAACUUGACUCUCUGUUUUUGGCUCAGUAGGAUUAUUGGCAGGCAAAAAAUUACAAUGUAAUCAAACUAUUUUAUAUAAGGAGAUGACUGAUGUAGCAGUGGGAGGGACAGGCCCGGAUUUGUGGCAAGGCCUCAAAGGCCCAAGCCAAGUGCUGCAGAAAUUUAGGGGUGGCAUGCCACCCAUCCACCUAGUUAUAGGCACUGGACAUGCACGGGAGAUUUUAAAAUCUCCUACAUACCAGUCUACAGGAGCACAGGAAGAAGAGGGAGACUGCUGGAGGGGGCGGGACAGGAAGAAGAAGGAAUCGCUUGGAAGGGGGAGGGGCAACAAGCAGAGCCGGCCUAGGGGCACCCGGUAAGUAAAUCCUGCCUGGGGAGGGAUGCUUUUCAUUGGAGAAUCUUCUUGCAUCUGUAAUUAAGCUUUAGAAGUCUACUUGGAGAUCUAGGGGGAUGCAACACAUUCAGUUUUAGAAAAGGUCUGCAUCCCCUUAAAAUACUGUAAAACAACUGAGGUUUAUACACAGCACAAUAUAUUCACAGGUCGCUUUACCACAUUUAAUCCUAAGGCACUAUUAAAUGCAGAAUGCUCUUCUAUGUGCUAGAAUGUAUGUAGAAUAUGUUUUUUUUAAUAAUAGCAAAUAUCACAGCUUCUUAUUUCACGUUUUGAAUUUUUUUUUUUUUUUACAUUUUAAGAAUUUUUCAUUACUUGAUACAUAAUAUAGUUAUUAAAAAUUUAAACCCAAGGGGGAAAAAAUAUAUAUAAAAAAAAUGAUAAUGAGGCUUUCUAAAUUAGCCUAAAAUUGGUAAUUAAUUUAUAAACAGAAAUGAUGACUAAUUCAGAAUUCCGCAAGAGGGGUCACAUUCAAAUUAUUUUUUAUUAGUCUUUUUUAACUUGUUUUUUUUUUUUUACCCAUUCCAAAGAUGAUGACAGGCAAGUUUCAUUUUAUAUGUAUAUAGUAUUCAAAUUCGUUGGCAAAAAAUGUAAACUUUUACUAAAUGGGUGGUGUCUGUAAGGAGAGGCAUCAUAACUGUGUCUUAACAACAUGUGUAUACCUAUACAAAUAUAAAUUUCAUUUAAUUUUUGUUGAUUUUUUCCACCAGAAAAAAAAUUAUAUUAUUAUCUUAGAUUAGAUUAAAGGCCAACUGGAGGCCCACAGUCUAGAUGACAGUCUAGAUGAUUUUGAUGGCCCCCAACAUUCCCAAGAUAACUAUAGACAUCUUUGUGUAACAAUAUAGUUUUAUAAUAGUCCUGCCCACAAUUAUUUGAAACAUUAAUGUUAAUGGUCAUGUUGAUAUUUUAACCAUCACCCAUUAAGUCGAUUUAAUUUUUCAUGGGCCUUAAAAUAUAAUAAACAAUGGCUUAAAAAUAUAUUAUACUGUAUAUGUACCAACCUAUUUGUAGUUCAUUGGAAAAAUCUUCUUAUUAGGCCAAGUUUUUCUGUUAAAGCACAGAAUUUUACUCUGGGGAAGAAACAUGAAGGCAGUCAUAUUGCUUUGACAUUUGUUCUCUGUUAAAAUGAUACUGACUUUCUAAACGGUUACAAUUUAAUAUACAGUAUUAGUUGUUACAUUGCUCUGUAUAAGUACUUCAUACAAUUUUUAACACGCAUCAUGAGCCUUCAAGGAAAACUAUACCCCCCAAACAAUGUAGGUCUCUGUAAAAAGAUGUUGCAUAAAACAGCUCAUAUGUAAAAUCCUGCUUCAUGUAAAUAAAUCAUUUUCAUAAUAAUAUACUUUUUUAGUAGUAUGUGCCAUUGGGUAAUCAUAAAUAAGGACCGCCCUGGGAUCCAAUGAUUUGUGGUGCACACAAACAAGCCAAGGGCACAUAUACAUGUUAGGUCACAUGAGCCAAUUAACAAACACAAUUCUGUCUUUUGCUUUCACACUUCCUGUUACAGUUAGAGCUGCAGUAUUUUCUGGUCAGGUGAUCUCUGAUGCAGCACACAGACCAUCACAAAAUGGCGGCUCAGGAUAAGAGAUGUAAAAGGGCAAUAUUUACUUUACUCCAGUUUGGUAAGACUCUUUAAUAUGCCACUUAAUAUGAUAUAAACUAUAUGUUGCUUAAGUAUUCAUUUUGGGGGUAAAGUUUUCCUUUAACUACAGAGCAACUGAUCAACUAAAGUAUAAUCAAAAACAGUAACUAGAAAGUCACUCAUUAUGUAUUCUAUUCUCAGUAGGGUGCUGGUAUGGGAUCUAUCAUACAGAAAGCCAAUAUACAGAAAUCUCUGAAAUACCGGAAUGCCAUAGGCCAUAGAGACCUACUUAAGUAAAUAAUUCUUUGUUUUUCCUUUUCUCUAUAAUAAUAAAACAGUACCUUGUUUUUGCUGGUAA